GGAGACUAGUUAAUAGGAUGACUGCUGUUGCUCUUUGCUCUGCUUGAUGGUUGCAGGCGCCAGCUGACUGCAGUCCUUCUGUCUAGUGUACGUCCUUCGAACCUGCAACAAUGUUAUGUCUUUGCGGAUGCUCGAGGCGAGGCUUGGUUGCUUAUCGCUCCAUUGUGAUGUGCCCUUUCUCACAAUUUAUGCAGAAAAAUGCGGGAGAACAGGACAUGGCAUAUAUAGCUAACAUAGGAGCUUUGUUGAAUUUGAAGGAAGGACGGAAGAGGAGAAGUCCCUCCUCGGAGGGGCUGCAGCGAGAUUAUUCCACCAUCAGUACGAGCGAACAGCAACAGCAGGAUGAGGCUACUGAUAUACCAGUCAUUUGCAGCACUCCCGAAACUGAAGCAUUUCGUCAUGUUUAUCCAGUCAUUGAUGCCGAUUCAAUAUUUUUGUUACGACACCUACCGCCGCUCAGUGAUGAAAUGCGUUACCGAUGUCCAGCAUUGCCACUCCGGACGCGCUCAACGCCAGAAUUCUCCCUAGUCCUCGAUUUGGAUGAGACAUUGGUACAUUGCAGCUUAACCGAACUACCCGAUGCUUCUUUAACUUUUCCGGUGCAUUUUCAGGAAAAUACCUAUCAAGUUUACGUCCGUGUACGGCCACAUCUACAAGAAUUUUUGGAACGAUUGUCGCGCUCAUUUGAAAUCAUAUUAUUCACAGCAAGUAAACGUAUUUAUGCUGAUAAACUCUUGAAUCUGCUCGAUCCCGGGAAACGAUUAAUACGUCAUCGACUGUUCCGAGAGCACUGUGUAUUCGUAUAUGGGAAUUAUAUCAAAGAUUUGACCAUUCUGGGUAGGGAUCUGUCGAAAACAAUAAUUAUCGACAAUUCCUUGCAGUCAUUUGCAUAUCAAAUUGAUAACGGUAUACCUAUCGAAAGUUGGUUUUUUCAACAGGACGAUCAGGAAUUACUGAAACUAAUACCGUUUCUGGAGCAAAUUACCAACCAGAAAAACGAUGUGCGUCAUAUAUUGCGAGCAAGGUAUCGAAUACGUGACCUACUGCCUCCUCUCCCGUACUGUGAUAUAGCAUGAUAAAUGUGGUAGGAUACGAUUGUAUAUAAUUGUUCAUAUGGAAUCACUCCUCGUAAUAGAUCUUUGUAGAAUUCUGCAAAAACUUUGAAAAUUCCGUUUCUUAUAAACCUUUCAUGAUUC